UCCCAAUUCUCUCUCUCUCUCUCUCUCUCAUUCGUGUCGGCGGCGACGAUCUAGCUCCACCAGAAAUUCCAGUAGUGACAGAUAGCACCACUCAAUGGACCGGACUCGCCGGACCGAUAGCCCGGUCUACACUCGCCAGUGGACCAGCGCCGAGUCCCCCACCGCCACAUCUCCAGCAAUGUCUCCCGUGCGUGGCCACCACGCGCGCUCAGCCUCCGCCAGCGGCAUCUCCAACAUCAAACGCACUCAGAACUUCGCCGCCAAGGCCGCCGCUCAGCGCCUCGCUCAGGUCAUGGCCUCGCAGAACACCGGUGAUGACGACGAUGACGAUGACGACGAUCUCGGCUUCCGCUACAGCGCUCCGCCACCGUUCUCUCUCGCCAGAAAUGCCAACAGUCCCGGUGCUAAGCCCGCCGUUCCUUCCGGCAGAACCAGCUCUACUAGAUCGGCUUCCCCCGCGUUAGCUAAAAACUUAGACGAAACGGCAUCAGUUCGCUCAACCUCGGCAGGAAGGGCUCUUCGUUCAGCAGCACCUCCAUUGGUGCCACCUCGAACAACAUUGAGGACUGCAACAUCUAUGCCCCCGCUGGACCCUCCUACCGCAACUAGGAAAAAAGAGAACCGAUUCUUAUCUGAAACAGUCAACUUUAAAUCAAAAGAUUCGGGAGAUCAACGUGACGCUUCUGCACUGCGUGAUGAACUUGAUAUGCUACAGGAAGAGAAUGUAAAUAAUCUUGAUAAGCUCCGGCAUGAAGAAGAGAGAUGUGAGGAAGUAGAAGCCAGAAUUAAGGAACUUGAAAAACAGGUUCUUGCUCUUGGAGAAGGUAUUUCGUUGGAAGCUAAACUUCUAAGCAGGAAAGAAGCUGCAUUGCGACAAAAAGAGGCGGCUCUCAAGGAUUUAAAACAGCAACCAAAGGGUGGAGAUGCUACACAGGCUGCAGCUCUUCAGUCUGAAGUGGAGAAAGCAAAAGAAGCAAAUGCAGCUAUUAUGCAACAACUUCAUGGAGCUGAAAAUGAAGUUAAAGCCCUUCGAUCCAUGACUCAAAGAAUGGUGUUGACUCAAAAAGAGAUGGAAGAAGUAGUUCUGAAGCGAUGUUGGUUAGCACGCAACUGGGGCUUGGCUGCAAGAUACGGUAUUUGUUCAGAUAUUGCGAUAUCCAAGUACGAACAUUGGUCAUCCUUAGCUCCUCUUCCGUUUGAGGUUGUUGUAUCUGCUGGACAAAAAGCCAAGGAGGAAUCAUGGGAAAAAAGGGAUGCUGAUCCUGAUAAGAGAAACAAACUUGAUCAGGACUUGAAUGAUUUAACUGGAGAAGGAAACAUUGAGAGCAUGCUUGCAGUUGAAAUGGGAUUAAAGGAGCUCGCUUUCCUAAAGGUUGAGGAGAACAUUGUGCUUGCAUUAGCCCAACAACGACGGCCAAAUUCAGCUCGGCUAUCCUUCUCGGAUAUGAAAUCACCAACUGAUCCAAAGUUUAUGGAGGCAAUUGAGUUGAGUCCAGAAGAGUCUGAGGAUGUUCUAUUUAAGGAGGCAUGGCUCACUUACUUUUGGAGAAGAGCCAAAGUUCUUGGAAUAGAGGAGAACAUUGCCAAAGAAAGAGUUCAGUUUUGGAUUAACCGCAGUGGGCAUGCACCAACUACACAUGAUGCUGUUGACGUUGAGGAAGGGCUUAUGGAACUCAGGAAGUUGGGGAUUGAGCAUCGGCUUUGGGAAGAAUCACGCAAGACAGUUGAGCAAGACUCUUCCACAUGAAAAUCGGCUUGAUAGUCAAGAUCUCUCAGUACUCAUGAAACCUGGAGUGUUCUUUCUUGUUUUCCUUUUUGCAGCAAUUGAAGGUACACAUUUUAAUCAUUAAUUUGUGCCUUGAGUGAGCAUCUGUAAGUGGCGAAUACAAAUGUAUAUAUAAUGUACUUAAAUAUACCAUUUUUGUGACUUCCA